AUGCCCAGGGCUUUCCUAACGCCCGUCUCUUCGAUGUCUCUCUCCCAGAGCUAUCUGUUGUUCUUCUCCUCCGAGUACGAACUUCACGAAUGGAGGGAGAACAUCGAGAGGCUGAAAAACAACAGCCUGCAGCCUUUCCCCCUGAGCCCGGACGAGACCCACAGCAUCAUCAACAGUUACAUCCUGCAGCACCCGACCACCAACCUGCCCCUCUACAGCCCCAUGGAAGAGGGGGAGGAGGCGGCUCUGAGGGGGAUCCUCAGUUUGAGCAUCAACUCGGUCUCAGGAUUCACCAAACCUCACCAUAUUUACUGCUGCUUCGAGGUGGACUGUCAUGGCUACUUUGAGAAAAAGGCCCAGACAACUGUGCUGCAUGAGGACAGGUUCCCCACCUGGGAGGAGGAGAUCGACUUGCAGCUGGAUGGAGCUCAUUGGUUGAGAGUCCUCCUAUGGGAGCAGCACGAUUACCGGAUCACCAGUGAGCAACAGGAUCGAUCGGAGGGCGAUCGACUGCUGGGGACCUCACAGAUCCCGCUGGACCCCAAGAAUCUGCUUCCGAAGGAAUGGAAGGCGUUGACAAUUGACCUCAAUGGGCACCAGCUCUCGUGCACCGUCUCGUACCUUCAGCAGAACCUCAGCCAAUUGGAUGAGCUCUCAGGAGCGCCCCGCGGAAUAUUUGGGGUUCCCAUCAGCAUUGUCACUUACCGGGACCACUCCCGCAUUCCCCUGCUCGUGCGGCACUGCGCCGAGGACGUGGAGCGCCGUGGCCUCAAGGAAGUCGGGAUCUACCGCGUCUCGGGAAUAGCGACGGACGUCCAGGUCCUGAAGGCAGCUUUCGAUAGCAAUGUCAAGGAGGCCGUGACGAAGCUGAAAGAUAAUGACAUUCAUGUUGUCGCUGGGACCCUGAAGCUUUACUUGCGAGAGCUGCCCGAGCCCCUCCUCACCCAUGAGCUGAUCCCCUCCUUUGUGAGUGCAGCCGCACAGGAAGAUCCCGCAGAGAAGGAUAACCAGAUGGUGUCCCUGCUCCAUCAGCUUCCGGAGGCGAAUCUCAACACCUUCAUCUACAUGAUGAAGCAUCUCAAAACGUCCAGGUUAUCUAUUACUUUCUGUCCAGGGAGAGGCUCGCUCUCUUCGAGCGGGAGCUAGGCCGAGGAUCGGUCACCGCGGCGACGUGAGGCCUAGCGCCACCCGGGAAGCCUGACCUGUAA